CCGAAAAACCUGGUGUCGCUUCCACGCCCCCAAACGCACGCACCCGCACGCGCACGCACACAAACACCGUAAACUUCCUCAAACUCGCUCCACCACUUCCUCUCUCUCUCCUCUCGGACUUCCUCCUCUUCAUUAGCUCCGCCCGCCCGCCUCGCACUGAGGUAGAGAUCCGCGGUCCCUCCCGCACACACACACACACACACGCGCACACACACUGACACAGACGGACACACGCUCUCUCUCACACACACACACACACACACACGCACACGCACACACACACAGAUCGACACACGCAGCGGGACUGAGGGAAGCUGUGCGGCCGCAGAGAAGGACUGAUGACCGUCAGACGAUGGGACGUCACGUGUUUCUGAACAAACUGUGUUAACUGAGGGAAACUGAAGUGUCUCUGGCAGCUGGAGCAGCACAAGUUAACCAAUCAGACGCUCUGAAGGUUGCUGAAGGUUCAGAGGUCAGGAGACAUCAUGCAGACUAUAAAGUGUGUGGUUGUGGGUGACGGUGCUGUGGGGAAGACCUGCCUCCUCAUCUCCUACACCACGGGAGCUUUUCCCAAAGAGUACAUCCCCACCGUGUUCGACAACUACAGCAGCCAGGUGACGGUGGACGGCAGGAUCAUCAGUCUGAACCUGUGGGACACGGCGGGUCAGGAGGAGUACGACCGGCUGAGGACGCUGUCCUACCCGCAGAGCAACGUCUUCAUCAUCUGCUUCUCCAUCUCCAGCCCGGCCUCCUACGAGAACGUCAAACACAAGUGGCAUCCGGAGGUGUCUCACCAUUGUCCUGGCGUUCCUGUCCUCCUGGUCGGCACAAAGAGCGACCUCCGAAACGACGCCGAGACUCAGAAGAAGCUGAAGGAGCAGAACCAGACGCCUGUCACCCACCAGCAGGGCGCCUCCCUCGCCCGCCAUAUCCACGCCAUCCGCUACCUGGAAUGUUCAGCCCUCAACCAGGACGGCAUAAAGGACGUGUUCAUCGAGGCCGUGAGGGCCUUCCUCAACCCACAGCCCGUCGUCAGCAAGAGGCACUGCGUCCUGCUGUAGGACCGGGCCGCCAACCGCCAGGACUCGACAGGAUCCAAUGGGACCCGACCGGACCCGACGGAGCCCGACGGGACCUGACGGGUUUGAGUCGGCCUGAUUUUGUGGCAUGAGUG